AUGCCGCCGAAAAAACUUACUGACAAGGCGAUUCAAAACGUUCUAGAUAAUGAUGAUUGGUCGGAUAUUGAUUCUGAUAAUGAUUUGGUUUACGGUGAUUUUAUAAUAAGUCCUUCAAGGUCAUUUUUGCAACAAAAUGAGGAGGAGAGAAUCGAGAUGCGGCUUGAAGAGAUAUUUGGAAUGAAUGAUAUGAGUGACACAGAACAUGAAGAAAUUACAAGUACAGUACAACCAUGUGAGAACUUACUAGAUAAUAUUAGACUUGGAACAUAA